UCGCUGUGUCUUAACGAUCACAAAUGUUACUUGUGCUCAUGAGAGCGGACGUGUAAACGCGGUUAAAACAAUACAAACGUUUUCCUCUAUUUCUGUUUUUCAAUUUCUUACGUUUUCUUCUACUGAAGCUUACAAAAUUCCGAAAAAAUAACAAAUAUUAACACAAAAUAUUAAAAAAAAAUAUAUACGUUACAGUUUAAACAAAAUUUGGCAAUAAUUUUGGUGGUUAAAUAUAAAAUCAAAAGAAAAUACAAAAAAAAAUUAAAACAAAUUAAAAUUUUUAACAAAAAAAAUUUAUACCAAAUCCAAAAUCUUAGUGUUUGUAAAAGUUUGCUUUUAAAAAAAAGUUAAAUAAAAAUCUGUUAAAAUGCUGGAAGAAAAUAACAAUGUUAAUGCCACAAAUGGCCAUUUACCUAAUUCAAAGCAGCCAUCAUCUUCAGCCGAAGCCGAUACAGCUGAGUCAACUUUGGUAACAAAGUUUAUGACUUGGAUUGACCCAUUUGUGGAUUUUGUUUGGUUCAUCAUUUGCUCCAUUGGUUUCAUAUUGCAGGACUUGUAUUAUUUAGCAUUUGGCUAUCCCGAAAAGGAGUUGGGCGGCGAUAUUGCCUUAAUAACAGGAGGAGGCAGUGGUUUGGGUAGACUUUUGUCCAUGCGUUUGGGUAAAAUGGGCACCAAAGUGAUAAUCUGGGAUAUAAAUAAACAAGGCAUCAAUGAAACCGUUAAAAUGGUGGAAGAAUGUGGUGGCUACUGCAAAGGUUAUGUUGUAGAUAUUUCCAAAAAAGAAGAAGUCUAUCGGGCAGCGGAAGUUAUCAGACAUGAAGUUGGUGAUGUUUCAUUGCUGAUCAAUAAUGCUGGUGUUGUGUCGGGUCUACAUUUACUUGAUACCCCUGAUCAUUUAAUUGAACGUUCGUUCAAUGUAAAUGUAAUGGCACACUUUUGGACUACCAAAGCUUUUCUACCCAAAAUGAUUGAGAACGAUCGUGGUCAUAUUGCCACCAUUGCUUCAUUAGCUGGUCAUGUAGGCAUUACCAAAUUGGUCGACUAUUGUGCCAGUAAAUUUGCAGCUGUGGGCUUCGAUGAAGCUUUACGUUUAGAACUUGAAGUCCUUGGUCAUACAAAUAUCCAAACAACCUGUGUGUGUCCAUUCUUUAUACAACAGACUGGCAUGUUUGAUGAUGUUAAUGCACGCUGGGUUCCCACUCUCAAUGCCAAUGAAGUAGCUGAUCGUGUCAUUAGUGCCAUUCAAAAGAAUCAAAAGAUUGCCAUUAUUCCUGGUUACAUUAAACUACUACUCUCCUUCAAAUGGACCUUCCCCUGGGGCUGUAUUGCUGGUCUCCUCAGACGUCUAGUGCCCGAUGCUUCACCACAUGGUUUAGCUCAGAAAUCUCUGCUGAACUUUUACAAGAAAUCUUCAUUCUCUAAAGCUUCUCCUGGUCCUACUACACAUACACCCCUUAUAACAGACAUUGGCACAAAAUCGUUUAAGGAACCCUUAACCAAGGCGGGUUCAUUGCUCAUACAGCGUUCUCCUUCACUGGGCGAGCGUGUAUUAUAAAUUAAAUUGUAUUGUACAUAAAAUACAUACAUAAGUACUUAGUAGUUUAGUCAUUUGUAAUACAUACAUAUUUACUUUUAUUUGUUUUUCUAGGUAUUUAAGUACAUACUUAUAUUUUAGGCUAGGAACACACCUAAGAGGUCUAGUUAAUUAAGUUUUUUUUUCUAUAUUUUUUUUACGUGCUUUUAAUUUAUUAAAUUGGCAUAUUUUUAAUUAAUUUUUAUAUGAUUUGUUCUGAAAUUUCUUUAAAAUAGUUUAAUUUUAGUUAUUUUAGUUGUAGUUAGACAAAAUUUAUAAAGAAAAUGUGUUUAAAGUUGGGAAGGAAGUAUGAAUAUUAAUUUUAAAGCAAAAAUCGAAUCAUGUUUUAAUAAAAUUUUUUACAUCUUUGCAUUUUGUUAAACCAAAUUAUUGAAAGAUCAAACCAUUUUUCAUUUCAUUAUAAAAUUGCCCGACUUUGUGAAAUUAAAUAUACUAAAACUGUGAUCUUUUCCAUUUUUCCCUACUUAACCACUUGAAUUUUCAUUUAUUCUGUUAUCUGUAGUUACUUCCUUCCUAUAUUUGUCUUUACACAUUUCCUUGUAUAAUUUACAAAUAAGUUUUGUUAGUGAUAUUAAAAUAAAACAUAUACAAAUAAUUUUAAUGAGUUAAAAAAUCAGGGUUUUUUAUAAACAAACAAAAAAUUAUGUUAUAUUACGUUUGUAUGUAUAUUCUUUGGGUGUAAGUUGAUAUUAAUAUAUCAAACAUAAUAUUAGAUAUUAAAUGGGCUAUAUAGUAUAAACAAACCUUAUACAUCCUUAAACCAAAAUCCUUUACCUCAAAUCCUUUUAUACCCAAUCCUCAUCCUCAUUCCCACAUCCUUAUCCUUUAAUCCUUUUUCCUAUUGUUAUUUACAUUUUCCCUUAAUCCUCAUGCCAUAUAUCCCUUACCAUUUCCUCCCAAAACAUUGCCUAUUCCAAAUCCUGAACCCAAAUAUCAACAUUUACAAAAUAAAAAAAAACAUAUUUAAAAACACUUAAUACAAAUAUUUACUUAAAUAAUGUAUUUUAUAUAAAGUCUUGUUUAUUAAACAAAUACUAUAACAAAUAAAAAAAAAACUUUAUACAAAAAAUUUAACUAAACAAA